AUGUGCAUCCUCAAGGGCCCAGCUGAGUCGCCGCGCCUGGGCCGAAUGGUCAACAAGAGGCUGCUGCGCGUCAUCAUCGUCGCUGGAGUCUUUCUGGCCUCGGCCGCGGCUCUGUUCGUCGGCGGUCGCUACCGAGGCCCCAGAGUGGCUCCCUUUUCGCGCAAGCACGUCGGUCCCGACAGAUACGACUUCACCACGACGAGCCGCUUCUUCCCUCUCAAGUUCGAAGACGCGGCCAGGACGAAAAAGGAACACCUCUGCGGCUCCUUCCCGAGAUUCCUGCUCCAGCACGUCCAGCCCGUGCUCAAAGUCGGGCACAGCGAGAACCAGGCGCGGCUGGACGCGCAUUUCAAGACGACCUCGUCGUGCUUCACCAAGGAUGAGCUGUUGGUCGUGUCCGACCUCGACGAGGUGGUGCACGGCCACCGCACCGUGGACGUCCUCGCCGACCUGCCCGCAGGCUACCACGAUCUGGACAAGAACCCCGACUUCCGACAUUACCUGAACCAGAGAGACAUGCACCGAAACGGCAGCCUCAACGACAAGACGCAAGGGUCCAUUGACGGCUGGAUCAUUGACAAGUACAAGUUCCUCCCCAUGGUCGAGCGGGCUUGGUUGGCCAGACCCGGCAGGGCCUUUUACUUCUUCUUCGAACCCGACACCUACGUCUUCUGGGACAACGUGUUUCGCCUUCUCGAAAACCUGGACCCCGAGGAACCCGUCUACAUGGGCUCCCCCUCCCCCGGCCGGCACGACGUCGAUCGAGACAUGAAAACCUGGUUCGCUAACGGCGGCCCGGGCGUGGUCUUGAGCAGGGGCGCCAUCAGAAGCCUUCUGAGGCGCCGCACCGACGCCAACGGCCACUACAUCGACCCCGUCAUCACGGAGAAGUGGCAGGAUCUGGUAGCCCGCGAGUGCUGCGGCGACAGUGUGCUCGGAUGGGCGUUGUGGAACGCGACGGUGCAGGUGCAAGGGUACUGGCCCAUGUUCAACCCUCAUUCUUUUCACAGGAUUCCCUACAGCGAUGCAUACUGGUGCCAGCCCGUGUUGACGCUUCACAAGACGUCUCCAGAGGACGCGACCGACUUGUGGCACUGGGAAUUUUCCCAACGCGAGAGAGACCGGCCGAUGCUGUAUGCCGAUCUCUGGCGCCUGCGACAUCCCGGCAAACCUGGUGUUCUGGAUAACUGGGAUAACGGCGACUGGGACAGGCUGGACCCGCCAGCCGAUGCCUCGAUUGACACGUUUGAGACGUGCGAGCGGUACUGCCGCAACGAGCAACGGUGCCUCCAGUGGACGUGGCUCGGCGGAGAUGAGAAGAGGUGCAUUCUCAUGAGCUCGAUAAGCUACGGAUCCGCGCGCAAACCAGAGUACGUGGACGCUGACGAGAAGCGAGAGGCCUCGCCGGCGCAAGAGGCCCGCGAGAAGAAGAGCGGCAAGAAAAUGGUCGCGUACCGCAGCGGGUGGGUCGAAGAUCGCAUCCAAGAGUGGGUGGAUGCGAGACGAUGCGAAGCCGUGCAAUGGGUCGGGCCCAGCACCAGCCGGAUAUUCUAG